AUGAAGGUUGAAAAUCAGUCAGAAGGUAAGAAGAUGGAGCAGCCCAGACUGGAGGCAAAGCAACAGAAUGUGAAGGUGGAAACUGAGGUGGAAGAAGAGGAAGAAAGCGAAGGCCUGAUCGAAUUCUUCAGUUCCUACCAGGACCUUUUCCAAUUUUUUUGCAACAAUACUACCAUCCAUGGUGCCAUCCGGCUGGUUUGUUCUAAGAGGAAUAAGAUGAAGACUGCCUUUUGGACAGUUCUUUUUUUCCUGACUUUUGGCCUCUUGUACUGGCAGUUUGGAAUCAUUUAUAAAGAUUAUUUCAGCUUUCCAGUCAAUUUGAAUUUGAACCUGAACUCUGAUAGACUUACCUUUCCUGCUGUCACACUAUGUACUCUCAAUCCGUAUAGGUAUAGUGCUUUUCGGAAAGAGAUGGAAGAAUUGGAUCAAAUGACCCGACAGACUCUUCUGGAGAUGUACAAAUACAAUAUGUCUUUGGAGCACAAAUCCUCUCAGAAACGCAUCUCUAGGAGUCUAUACAAUCAUAUUCAGCGCUACCCAUUGCAUCGACGUAAACGUGAUAUACGAGCCAACAUGGAGGACAACAACCCCCAAGUGGGCAAAAGUGAUUCGAGCAUUGGUUUCACCCUGUGUAAUGAAAACAAGACAGAUUGUUUCCAGCAAAUGUAUUCCUCCGGUGUGGAUGCCAUACGGGAGUGGUACAGUUUUCAUUACAUCAACAUUUUGGCAAAGUUCCCUGACACUAAGGCCCUAGAGGAAUCCAACUUCACAAGCUUCAUCUAUGCCUGCCGAUUCAACGAAGUGACAUGUAACAAAGCGAACUAUACACAUUUUCAUCAUCCUAUUUAUGGGAACUGCUACACGUUCAACGACAAUAGCAGCACUUUGUGGAUGUCCUCCUUGCCUGGGAUCAACAAUGGCCUUUCUCUCGUCAUCCGAACAGAGCAAAAUGACUUUAUCCCACUAUUGUCCACUGUGACGGGAGCCCGAGUAAUGGUCCACAAUCAGAAUGAACCCGCCUUCAUGGACGAAGGAGGUUUUAAUGUGCGUCCUGGCAUAGAAACAUCCAUCAGUAUGAGAAAGGAAACCACCCAGCGUCUUGGGGGAAGCUACAGUGACUGCACAGAAGAUGGAAGUGAUGUGCCAGUGAAGAACCUAUUCCCAUCUCUUUACACUGAGCAGGUCUGCAUACGUUCCUGUUUCCAGACCAGUAUGGUAGAACGAUGUGGCUGUGGCCAUUACUUCUACCCCUUACCCCCAAGAGCAGAGUACUGUGACUCCGCUAAGCAUGUAGCCUGGGGUUAUUGCUAUUAUAAACUCCAAGCUGAAUUUAAAGCAAACCACCUAGGCUGCUUCACUAAAUGCCGAAAACCUUGCAAAGUGACAGAGUACCAGCUGUCAGCCGGAUAUUCACAAUGGCCUUCAUCUGUCUCUGAGUCCUGGGUGUUUCACAUGCUGAACCUGCAGAAUAAAUACAAUGUCAUAUCUAAGAGGGAUGGAAUUGCCAAAGUGAAUAUAUUUUUUAACGAGUGGAAUUAUAAAAGCAACGGAGAAUCUCCAGCUUUCACGGUGGUGACAUUACUUUCCCAGCUAGGGAACCAAUGGAGUCUUUGGUUUGGUUCAUCAGUCCUUUCUGUGGUGGAACUGGCUGAGUUGAUUUUGGAUUUUUUGAUCGUCACCUGCAUCCUGGUUUUCCGCCGGCUGUACUUAUAUCAAUCCUCGGAUCUUUAUACACCCAGCAACACAAAUAACUCUGUCUUCCACAAUGUACUUGCAGUUCACAAAACUCCACAAGAAAUGCCUGCCGAGACUGGGAUCACUGCACUGCCAUCCUAUAACACCUUAGAAACAUUAGACUUACACAGAGUUUCUUGCAGGAGAACAGAAUAAAACCCAGACUUUGGAUAUGGAUGCUUUGGAUAUGACAUUGUUAUGUACUCCAAUUAAUGCUGACGUAUAGACUCAGCACUUGGAACUAACUGGUUAGCUGGAUUCUCAAACCC